UUCUUAGUAACCAUAAUGGGCAGAGCAUCAAAAAUACGCAAAAAGUGGGCCACCAAAAAAGUUGCCAGCACUAUUCAUCCAACAGUUGGAUUGAAUGAAAAUGAAAUUAGAAAUCUUUACGAGGAAUUUCAGCCGAUUGCCAGACCACGUGUACAAUUUGUCACUAGUCGUUCAUUUAGCCAUGUUAUGAGAUUUAUGAUUGGUUAUUCAACACUUAAUUCUAUUCGUCAACAAAAACAAGCUGACGAAAUCGAUAGAAGUAAGAACACUAAACAUCGUAGCACAUAUGUACCAGUACCAAGUCCGUUUCCGCCAAAUUUUAACUUCUUCCGCAAUGCAGAACAUACCAUUAGCACAGAGCAGAGUGUAAAUAGAAGCCGUCAACAAACAGUUAGUGAACCUUCUUAUGGUCGAUCAGAACAAAGUCACCCUUCAGGAUCCAAUGAUUCGGAAAUUGUAAAGGAAAACAGUGUAGAUGGAUCAGAGAUGCUACAAAUGAUAGAAAUGAUAGCAGCAGUUGCUGAAAGUGCUGAAGAAAGUGAUGAUGAAAAUGAUGAAGAAUCGGAGAAGGUGGAAAUAAUAACAGCAGAUACUGAGAGUAGUGAAGAAAGUGAUGACGAAAAUGAAAAUGAUUUGGAGAUGGUAGAAAGAAUUACAGUAAAUGCUGAGAGUGCUAAAGAUAGUGAUGAAGAUAAUAAAGAUGAUUUGGAGAUGGUAGAAAGAAUCACAACAAAUGCUGAGAGUACUACAAAAAAUAGUGAUGAUGAGAAUAAAGAAAUAAUUGGAGCAGAAAUGGAACCAGACAAUAUUUCGCAAUCUGAACUAGUUGGACCGCACGAACCAAAUGAAAUAUCUGAACAAUUACCGUAUGAAGCACAGCUAGACUUAGUAAGCGAAGAAGAAAAUUCACCAGAAGAUGCUAAUGGCCACAAUAUAACAGACGAAGAACGAAAUCUGCAAGAAAUGCUACUUCAAGGAGAAUUACAGAACGUAAAUGAUGAAGAAGGACAGGUAGAGCGCGGUCAGGACGAAUUUGUAGUACCUCACUUGAUUGAUGCUGAUAUUAAUAUGAGAGUGUUAAGGCUUCUUGAGCAACAUGCACAUGAAGUGACUACACAUAAUUUUUUUGCUCAGCCACCAAGCACAGAGCAUCCGGUAAAAAGUAUAUUUACUAAAAGUAGAGUUUACAAAAUAGAUGAACCGAUUUUAAAUAUAAAGGAAGCCGAAAUUAAGAUGCGUGAUCAGGUAGAAGAUAAAAAGGAGUGCAAUGCUGAAACAGAGUUAAAAGAAAGUAAUGCAUUUAUUGUGUCAGAUGAAAGUGACGAAGUGUUAAGUAGUGAACAUGCAACUGAUGUAAUUGAUGAACACAAUUUACAGCAAAAUACAGAAGAAACUGGUAAUCCUGGUGCUGAAGAUAAUGUUGGUAGUGAUGAACCUCAAGAAGGUGAUAACGAAAAUGAAUAAGAGAGCAAAAAAAUCAAAAAUUAUCAAAAAAAAAAUCAAAAAUUUCAGGAAUUAAAAAAAAACUUAAUAAUAUAAUACAAUAUAGAAACAAUCACUAUGCAUUUAAAGCAUAGCAAAAAGCCAAGGAACAAAAAUAAAAUUCUUAACAAGUGAUAUGGAGAAUGUUGUUAUAUAUAUUGUAUUAUAAUUUAAAAUAUACUACUCAGCUGACGCGAUGUGCAUUCAAAUUCCAUAAUAAAGAGUAGAGUAUGUAACCAAAACUAUACGAUUGGCUAAAGCAACUUAAAUUGUUACAAAAUAUCCUGGAUAAAUACAUACAAAUUUUAAUAUACAAGUAGUAAUCACUUUUUAUAUUAUUUAUUAAUAUUUUAACACAUUAUAUUUUACUAUACAACUAAAUACGACAACACCGGAAUACAAUAUUCUAGUGUUGCAAAUCCUUUUUAUAUAGCAAAAAUUGGAUAUA